AUGUCGCCCGACGCCAGCUUCGAGACACCCUCGACCGGCUCUGCCGCCUCUUCCUCUACCUCGUCGUCCAGCCGGCCCAGCAACAUCAUUCUCUGGGUUCAUCCUCGUUCGACUUCGACGGCCUUCGAGUGCAUGCUGCUCGCCCGUCCGGACGAGUUCGAAGUCCUGCACGAGCCGAUGGGAGAGACGUGGUACUACUCGAAGGAGCGGGUUAGCAAGCGGUUUGACGACAAGAUUUGCGAUGAGAGUGGGCAUGGCGAGCUUUCGUAUGCGAAGGCUUGGGCCGAAGUCGCGAAACCUCACCCGACCAUGCGGAAGUUCUCCAAAGACAUGGCGCAAUAUCUGAUCGACACCUCUUCUCCCAACGGGACCGUCGCCGCAUCAUUCAAUGGCGCCGAGACGACGCCGAACAAUCCUACCCUCAUCCCGACAUCCGAACUCCUCCAGCCUCACAUCUCGCACACCUUCUUGAUCCGCCAUCCGAACAAGGCCGUUCCCUCCUACGCACGCCUCUGCUACCCCGGCGCACCGACUGGCUUCGACUACUUUGACCCGUCCGAAAUGGGCUACAAGGAGCUGCGGAUGCUGUUCGACUUCAUCCGCGAGGAAACGGGCAAGACGCCUCUUCUCGUUGAGAGCGAGGAGCUGUUGAAGGCGCCGUCCAAGGUUGUCAAGGCGUGGUGCGACCACGUCGGCAUCGAGUUCAAGCAGGAGAUGCUCGAGUGGGACGAUGCGCCGGAGACGCGGACCCACUUCGAGAAGUGGAAGGGCUUCCACGACGAUGCGGCGAAGAGCAAGGGCAUCGGCCAGACAACUCCGGACGCCAAGGCGAGCGACACGCCUGCCGCGCCAAAGAAGGAGACGACGCUCUCGCCCGAGCUGCAAAAGGCCGCCGACGACUGCAUGGAGGACUACGAGUACCUGCGGUCUUUCGCCAAGAAGGAGUACUGA